GCUGCGAGCGCGCGCCUCGGCUAACGCUAGCGCGGCCGUUACUCCCACAAUCCCGCGAAUCCGCCGAUUUUCCCGUCGAUGUUCGCGGCGGAUUCGGUCCCGAAGGGUCCUUUGAGCUGAAACGAGUCGAAUGAGGCGGGGAUCCGCGCCCGGUGGAGGAGAGCUGGCGCGAUGCGAGCUCGCGAACACAUCCAGAAGAUGGACGAGGCUCCAUCCCAUAAUCACCCGAGAGCACUGUGUGCUGCAGCGCUACUGACAUACAUCCUCUUCAGACAAGGUUACUAUGGCAACCCCCUGAACAAGUACAUCCGUCACUACGAGGGUCUGUCGUACGACACGGAGCUGCUGCACGGCCAGCACCAGCGGGUCAAGAGAGCGCUGUCUCUGCAGGAGCGCGAGCUGCGGCUGGAGUUCCAGGCUCACGGCAGACAUUUCAGCCUCCGAAUGAAGCGGGACACCAGGCUGUUUUCAGAGGACUUCAAGCUGGAGCUGUCUGGAGAGCAGCUGGACUACGACACCUCGCACAUCUACACCGGAGAACUGUACGGUGAACACGGCACUCUGACGCACGGCUCGGUCGUGGACGGGAAGUUCGAGGGCUUCAUUCAGACCCAUCGAGGGACGUAUUACGUGGAGCCGGUGGAGAGAUACCUGCAGGACAAGAACGUCCCGUUCCACUCCGUCAUCUACCACGAGGACGACAUCCAGUAUCCGCACAAAUACGGGCCGGAAGGCGGCUGCGCGGAUUCGUCUGUGUUUGAGCGAAUGAAGAAGUAUCAGGCGUCUGCGCUGGAGGAACCAGUCAAGCAGGAGAGUUUGGAGAACAAGCCCAUGGACGAUCACAUGUCGCUGAGGAAGAAGAGGAUGACGCAGGUGGAGAAGAACACCUGCCAGCUCUUCAUCCAAACCGAUCACCUCUUCUACAAGUACUACAAGACCAGAGAGGCCGUGAUCGCUCAGAUCUCCAGUCACGUCAAGGCCAUUGAUGCCAUCUAUCAGGGCACGGACUUCUUGGGCAUCCGCAACAUCAGCUUCAUGGUGAAGAGGAUACGGAUAAACACCACCAGCGACGAGCGCGAUCGCUCCAACCCUUUCCGCUUCGCUAACAUCGGCGUGGAGAAGUUCCUGGAGCUGAACUCGGAGCAGAAUCACGACGAUUACUGCCUGGCGUACGUCUUCACCGACCGGGACUUUGACGACGGUGUGCUGGGUCUGGCCUGGGUCGGCGCUCCAGCCGGGAGCUCUGGGGGAAUCUGUGAGAAGAAUAAGCUGUAUUCUGACGGGAAGAAGAAGUCUCUGAACACCGGGAUCAUCACGGUGCAGAACUACGCCUCGCAUGUGCCUCCUAAAGUCUCGCACAUCACCUUCGCACACGAGGUUGGACACAACUUUGGUUCCCCGCAUGACUCCGGGUCGGAGUGCACUCCAGGCGAGUCCAAGAGCCAGGAUAAGAAGGAGCGAGGGAACUACAUCAUGUACGCUCGAGCCACUUCUGGAGACAAGCUGAACAACAACAAGUUCUCCGUCUGCAGCGUCAAGAACAUCAGCCAGGUGCUGGAGAAGAAGCGCGGCAGCUGUUUCGUAGAGUCUGGACAGCCCAUCUGUGGGAACGGUCUGGUGGAGCCGGGCGAGGAGUGUGACUGUGGCUACAGUGAUCAGUGUAAAGACGAGUGCUGCUACGACGCCAAUCAGCCAGACAACAGGAAGUGCAAACUCAAACCCAACAAAGUCUGCAGCCCGAGUCAGGGCCCCUGCUGCACCCCCGAGUGCUCCUACAAGGGCCGGAACGAGAAGUGUCGUGAGGAGUCGGAGUGUGCUCAUCAGGGCAUGUGUAACGGCGCCUCGGCCCAGUGCCCCACCUCAGAGCCCAAAGCCAACUUCACGGCCUGCCACGGGGACACACAGGUCUGCCUGAACGGGGGCUGCUCCGGAUCCAUCUGUGAGAAGUACGGGCUGGAGGUCUGCACCUGCGCCAGCGUGGAUGGCAAAGACGAGACCGAGCUCUGCCACGUGUGCUGCAUGGAGAGAAUGAACCCCAGCACUUGCAGCAGUACGGGCUCCGAACGUCUUGCUCGCUUCUUCAAUAAGAAAGUCACCACUCUUCAGGCCGGCUCGCCGUGCAACGACUUCAAGGGCUACUGCGAUGUCUUCAUGAAGUGUCGUCUGGUGGACGCAGAUGGUCCUCUGGCUCGCCUGAAGAAGGCCAUUUUCAACCCGGAGCUGUACGAGAACAUCGCUGAAUGGAUCGUGGCUCACUGGUGGGCGGUUCUGCUUAUGGGAAUUGCUCUCAUCAUGCUCAUGGCCGGAUUCAUUAAGAUCUGCAGCGUUCACACGCCCAGCAGCAACCCCAAACUGCCUCCUCCUAAACCACUGCCAGGUACGCUGAAGAGACGACGAGCUCAACAAGCCAGUCAGCAGCAGCAGCAGCACCAGCACCACAACCAGAACCAGCACGCUCACGGCCACCAGAACCAGCGGCCGGCUCCACGCCAGGCUCAGCGCCAGCCGCAGCCGCAGCGCCACCACCGGCAGCCCCGCGAGAACUACCAGAUGGGUCAGAUGAGACGCUGAGAGCCGCCGCCCGACUGAAGGAGCCUCCGCCCCCCCCUCCACACCCUCCUCUGUUUGCUCCAGUCUGAGCGUGGAGCGAGGCUUCACUCACCACCACCACAGUCCAUGCUCUCGACUGGAGCGGUUUACAGGAACAUGUCCAGAGUCCAUAAUGCUUCCUCAGACUGGAUGAGUAACACCAACUCUGCCCUUCACUCUGUCGUCUCUGAUUAUUUCUGUUGGUUUUUUUGACCCUCGAGUGCCAAGGUUUACCGGGGUAUUUGUAGAUAGAGCAUCUCCUGUUGUCCUUCAUAAACUCCACGUAGACUCGUGGUUUGAAAUGAAACAUCUUUUUAAGCAUUCAUGGGAAGCUUCGGCCCAGCUGUCGCCACAUGCA